AUGGGCGCCUUCUGCUUCGGCUACCACCUGGGCGUGGUCAACGGCCCGCUGGAAGUGAUGUCGCAGCAGCUGGGCUUUGGAGGGGACGCUUUCCUGCAAGGCCUGGUCGUGAGCACCUGCCUGCUGGGUGCAGCGGUGGGCAGCCUGCUGGGCUCGGGGCUGGCCGACUCGCUGGGCCGGCGCAAGGCGUUCCUGCUGGACGCGGUGCCGCUGCUGGUGGGGCCGCUGCUGAGCGCCACCGCCACCGGAUUGACCGCCAUGCUGGCGGGCCGGGUCAUCACCGGCGUCGGCAUCGGCCUCUCCUCGGCCCUCGUGCCGCUCUACGUCUCAGAGAUCUCCCCCACCGCGCUGCGCGGCACCCUGGGCUCUAUCAAUCAGCUCAUGAUCUGCAUCGGCAUCCUGGCAGCCCUGCUGGUCAACGUGGCCCUCUCGGCAGCCCAGUGGCGCACCAUGUUUGCAAUGUCCGCGGCCCCGGCCGCGCUGCUGGCCCUGGGCAUGCUGGUGUGCCCCGAGUCUCCCGCCUGGCUGGUGCUCAAGGGGCUGCGCCGGGAGGCGACGGCGGUGGCGGAGAAGCUGUGGGGCGCCGAGGCGCUCAUCCAGCUUGGCUCGGCCAAGGGCGAGGGCGAGGGCGGCGGCGGCGAGGCGUCCUGGGGCGAGGUGCUGACCAGCCGGGCCACCAUCGUCGGCAUGCUGCUCUUCCUCUUCCAGCAGUUCUCGGGCAUCAACGCCAUCGUCUACUUCUCCUCCUCGGUGUUUGAGAAGGCAGGCAUCCAGUCUGGCGCCCUGGCCAGCGCGGCGGUGGGCGCCACCAAUGUGCUGGGCACUGUGGUGGCGGCGGGGCUCAUGGACAAGGCCGGCAGGAAGCAGCUGAUGGGGCUGAGCUUUGCGGGCAUGGGGCUCAGCAUGCUCGUCAUGGCGGCGGGGCUGGCGCUUCCUUUCCUCAGCGGCCUGACAGGCCCCAUGGCCCUGGUGGGCACGCUGGCCUACAUCCUUUCCUUUGCUAUGGGAGCGGGGCCCGUGCCCGGCCUGCUGGUGCCUGAGAUCACGGCGGCGCGAAUCCGCGGCCGCGCCGUCUCCCUGGCCAUGGUCUCCCACUGGGUCUGCAACUUUGCCAUCGGCCAGCUCUUCCUGUCCGCCGUCUCCGCGUUUGGCGUGCCGGCAGUGUACCUCUUCUUCGCCGCCGUCUGCUUCGCAUGCGUGGCGUUUGUGUCCAAGGCGGUGGUGGAGACCAAGGGGCGCAGCCUGGAGGAGAUCGAGCUGGCCAUGACCAUCGUCUGA